AUUAAAUUGUAUUUAAAAGAAUGACACAGCAGAAGACACUAGAACAACAGUAUUUUAACCGAAGUUAAUAUCGUUAAUUUUAUUUCUUUAUUACUUUUAAUUAAGCUAAAUGGAUAAGAGAAAAACAGGCACAAAAGAAGAUCAAGACGGUGUUGCAUUACACUUAACUCCUAUAAGAGAUACUUGUGAAGUUUGCGGAGAUAACGACGAAGUAUCGAAUCGUUACGGAGCAUUCACGUGCGAUUCGUGUUCCAAUUUUUUUAGAAAAUGUAUAUUAGACAAAAGGAGAGUUAUCCAUUGUAUAACUGAAAGUGGAAAAUGUCCGAUCGAUAAAAGGAGCGGUGUUACGACUUGCGGGUUUUGUCGCUUAAACAAAUGCUAUGAUGUAGGAAUGAAUUUUAACCUUGCCAGGGUUAAACCGAAGUGUGUCCGUCAGUUAACAGGUGGAUUUGGAGUAUCCGAAAGGCGAAGUAAAUUAUUAGAAAACCUCUCUUCUACGGAAAGCACCACCAAGUCUUUUCGGGAAAUUGCUACCGAGUAUUUGUUUGAUCGAAAGAAAGCCUGUAUUGAAUGUCUGCAAUACAUGGAACAAUAUUAUUACAAAUGGUUAAACACUUUCCCACGUUUUCACAAUUUAAGUAAGGACAAAAAGGAACUCGUAAGAUCCAGGUCAUCCGUAAAGGGAGCAAUCAUGCAACUGAUCGAACGAUCUCUUUGUGUUUAUCUAAUGCUCAGACUACACAAUUGUUUCCUAUAUACUACAACCACUUCCGAUAAGAUAUCAGCUAUAAUAAAAAGUACACGUGACUUUAGAGAUGACGUAUCGCAUGCCUUAACAGAAUCAGAAGCAACGAAGAUAACCAAACUAGAAGCAUUUAACAUUAUGAAACUUCAAUUAACAAUGAACGACGACUUAUUGAUACUGAAGAAAGAUUUAGACCUUGCAAGCAAUCUUCAAUCAUCUUUUCAGCGACUAAUUAAUACAGUGUCAGAAUUGACAAAUGCCAUCAGUUGUUUCAGAAACAGAGAGAAUUUCGAUGCUAUCGAAUCUCUGAAUUUAUUUGAUUAUUCUUCAGACAUUCCUGAAGGAAAGUAUCCUUAUAAUCAAAUUCGAUUUUGUCCUCAACUAUGAUGAAGUCUGGUAAUUUGCAUACGUUGCAACUGGUGCAAUGUUUAUAUGCAAAUUCUAGCACUUUGUAUUGAUAUGUACUGAGCUGUAUUGAAACCAUGGCUGAAAUCUUCACUGAUCUUACUUUCUAAAACAAGAUUUUUUGAUAAAAUAUUAAAAUAUAUUUCUAGAAUUUUCGAAACAUUUUUUAAAAUUAGAAAAUGAAUACUUUUAAUUGCUGAA